AUGAAUGGAACCUAUUUGUAAUACCCUUCUAAUUGUAAGGCCUGUAUAGAUAGGAGUGAAUUAGAAUUAAAAUAAUUUAAUCCCUACUUUAUUUUAAUGAAUAAAAAUAAAUUUCAAACUAGAAUAUGUUAUGAAAAAUCAUAAGCUAUCAAUACCUAAGAAAAAUAUUAUUAUGAUUCAUUUACAUAAACAAUAGUAGUUUGUAACAAAUAUUAACAAUGUUAUAAUAAAAUUAUUAUACAUUAAAACCUUCAUUGCGAUUCUUCAACUUAUUAUGAAUAAUCUGAAUAAUCAAAUGAUGAAUAUUUUGAAAAAAAGAAUGUAUUAUUUUUCAGAUUUUUUAGUUAAGGAUAUUUAGAAAGUCUAGAGACAUCUUAACUUUUUGAUUAUCAAAAAGAUAUUUCUCUAAGGCACAUUUAAUUUGAAUAUACCAUAAUUCAAGUUCAAAAUUUAUCAUGCCUAUUUUGAUGAAGACCUAUAGAUUUUCUCAAAAUUAGCAAUAGCAUGUUUUUUCCUUAUAAUAAAUUGA